AUGACAGAUUAUUUCCAGUCCUUAUCCGGCGACAGCUUCGAUCCAUUAGAGGAUGAGGUGUUCUAUGAAGUGCCAGGCCCUGGGCCUCAUAACCUGGGAGCUCUCUCCGCCACCGUUGAGGAUUUGUUCCUGGGCAGUGAGGCUGCAUCGCCCUCACAUGAAACCGCCUCAGGCACACCGGCCAUCAUGAAUUCAAGAGCCUAUCAAUUGGAAAUGCUUGCCGAAAGUAGGAAGCAGAACAUCAUAGUGGCUAUGGAUACUGGGAGUGGCAAAACCCAAGUAGCCAUAUUACGGAUAAAGGCGGAACUAGAGAGAACGGCCACAGAACAGAUUGUUUGGUUUCUGGCGCCGACGGUAUCGCUCUGUGCCCAACAGUUCGAAGUCUUGAAGUCUCAGAUUCCUUCUGUUCAGAUCAAGUUUUUGAGCGGUGAUGAUAAUGUCGACUCUUGGUCUGACCAGUCACUAUGGGAUGCGGUACUUCUGAAUGUUCGCGUGGUUGUGUCGACAUACCAGGUCUUGCUGGAUGCCCUUUCGCAUGCCUUUGUACGUUUGGACAGGUUAUCAUUGAUCGUCUUUGAUGAAGCACACAACUGCGUCGGCAAAUCCCCAGGAAGUAAGAUCAUGACGAAUUUCUACCACCAGCACAAAUGCAGAGGGCAAUAUGUACCCCAUAUUAUGGGUUUGACAGCCAGCCCAACCUUUGGAUUCAACGUAAAAAGUAUCAGUGUCUUGGAAACAACACUUGACGCCGUCUGCAAGAGUCCCACGAUACACCGUGACGAUCUCCUUGCUUGCGUCAAGAAACCAAAAUUAGGAUAUGUGCCAUUCCUUCCGGAAGAGGACUAUAGGCCUCCAAAGAGCCUACAGAGCCUUCGAAGGGUCAUUCAAAGCCUCGACAUCUCGGAAGACCCCUGCAUACUGCACUUAAAAGCCGAAGGAACAGACCGGAGUCGACGUGAACUCCACGCAGUUCUAGAAUCCCACGACACCUACGCUCAAAACCAAAUGAUUUCAUUUGGACGCCAAGCAAUCCAAAUAUGUCGUGAACUAGGGCCUUGGGCUGCCGAAUAUUACAUUUGGGAAGUGAUAUCCCGGUUCAAAACUGCUGUGCGAUCGCGAAAUAGUUGGCUUGAAACAUGGAAAGAUGAGGAGAAGGAAUAUCUCGCCAAGGUCCUCGGCCAAGUCGAGUGCCAAUGCCCAUCAGCGGAUUCUCCAAGCAAGGAUGUUCUCUCAGGAAAGAUAUCAAUCCUCAUUGAACAGCUGCUUCAAGAGAACGGAGACACUAUCGGUAUUAUUUUUGCCAAGGAACGUGCUAUCGUCGGUGUUUUGUGCCAUUUGCUCACAUCUCAUGACCUAUUACGAGCGAAAUAUCGGGUCGGAGCAAUGGUGGGCACAUCGCAAUAUCAAUCCAGGAAGAGAGACAUAUGGGAUCUCACUAGGGUAGAGGACUUACAGUCUUUACAACAGUUUCGGUCCGGGAGGAUCAAUUUACUAGUUGCCACUAGUGUCCUUGAAGAAGGCAUUGACGUGCCGGCCUGCAACCUGGUUUUCUGCUUCGACAAACCUCCAAACCUCAAGUCUUUUAUCCAACGCCGAGGACGGGCGCGAAUGAGGGAUUCGAAGCUACUCAUGUUACUCAAUGAAUCCGAGUCCUCCCCUCAGGGGUGGGAAGCUAUGGAGGCGGACAUGAAAAGGCAGUACGAGGAUCAAGAGAGAACACUUGAACAUUUACAAGAGAUCGAGGGGAUGGAGGAGUCGGAAGGGAUGAAAUUCGUAGUUGAGAAAACAGGAGCAACUCUUGAUCUUGACAAUGCGAAGCAACACCUCGACCAUUUGUGCCGGAUAUUGUCUCCCGGGGAGUUCAUCGACUGGCGACCUGACUAUAUCUUGAAGGUACUCGACGCCACAGACACACCUGAUUUGAUGUAUACCGUGGUCUUGCCAAGCUAUCUGCCCUCUGAAGUGCGAGAAGCCAAGAGCCAGUUCGCGUGGAAGUCUGAAAAAAAUGCCGCGAAAGACGCCGCAUUCCAGGCUUACAAAGGCCUUUACAGCGCGGGUCUUGUCAACGACAAUCUGUUGCCCUUCAAAUCAGAAGAUUUCGUACCUGGCAUCGACAAAAGAGUUGCAAUUCUACAAGUUAAUGGGUUGCUCAAUGCAUGGAGCAGUGUUGCAAAGGCCUGGAGAGGCGGUAAUGAGUUAAGGGUAACUCGUCUCCUACUCAAAGACGGCCAAGGUGUUGCUCAAGGCGACUAUGAGAUGGCUCUGCCUGCUUGGGUUCCGGGGCUACAGACUAUGCCUAUACAUCUUGACUACAACACAUCUUGGACUCUCGAAUUUGGAGAACAGCUUCCUACUGAAGCUUUGACGACCCAAGAUCAUACUGCUGUACUCCUUGCCUUACCAUUCGGCCAUCGCUGGUUGUCGACUAAGGAUCAACAGGUUGUCAGGUUCAGCGCAGUAAAUGCUGAAUUUCCUGUUGACGGGAUCAGAACAAGAGACUUCGUACCAGGGAAAAUGUCGACGGAUGAUCUUUCCUGUUUCAUACGGGACGAUACCGGGUGUCCGUACCUCUAUGAGGGAAUUAUUCCCAGAAAGCCGGCUUCUGAGUUGGUACAAAAGACCUUUUAUGGAUUCGAGAACGCCCCUGAAGAUGUGCCAUAUCUUACUCUCAAAAAAUGGUCCCGUCGAUCAGACUUUCUUCAUCGACCCCAGAGCAACCCCAACCAAAGCCCUAGCAGCCCGAAACCGUACUCAAGAGUGUAUCCUGUACCGAUGGCAAAGAUUGAUACUAUCCCAGCAAAAUAUGCCCAAUUUGGUGUGCUGAUACCAUCCAUUCUACAUCGAAUCGAAACCUGUCUGGUAGCUAAGGAGCUAUCUUCAACUCUGUUAAGGCCACUCGCUAUAGCCGACUGGUCCCUGGUUCUCACAGCUAUCAGCGCUGGGAGUGCUGCUGAACCUACCAACUACGAGAGACUCGAGUUUCUUGGCGAUUCGAUUCUUAAGUUUUCCACCACCAUUAAUGUGGCUGCUUUAUAUCCUCAUUGGCCGGAGCGACUGCUUUCAUUCAAAAAAGACAGCAUUGUUGCCAACUCGACGCUCUGCAAGGCGGCCAUAAAGCACGGUCUUGACAGGUUUAUACUUACUAAACCAUUCACGGGACAGAAAUGGCGUCCGAUCUACGUGGACGAAGUUCUCCGACGCAGCGACAAUACGACCACGAGGAAAAUGUCCACUAAAACUUUGGCCGAUAUUGUUGAGGCGCUUAUUGGGGCCUCAAUGAUUGACGGUGGCACUGAUCUCGGUGUAGAAAAGGCUCUGAAAUGCAUGUCGAUUUUUCUCCAAGAAAUCAAAUGGAGAAGCAUUGACGACUGCAGACAGCAGCUGUACGAUACGGCACCGCCGAACAUUGAGUUGCUUUCAACUCUCCAGCCUUUAGAACAGCUCAUCGGUUACAAAUUUGAAAAGAAAUCCCUUCUCAUACAGUCAAUGACACACGCCUCGUGCCAUUUCGGUAACUCUCUCGGCUGUCUUGAACGCCUAGAAUUUAUAGGAGAUUCUGUCCUUGACUACAUCAUCGUCAAUCAUCUAUUCGAUGUUCGACCGCAUCUUCCUCACCAGACAAUGCACCUCCUAAAGACGGCUGUGGUAAACGGAGAUUUCCUUGGCUUCCUGUCUCUCGAACAAGCGGUUCACCAGGAGGAGGUUUUGAUUGCCGACACAAACGGCAAGGAACCCACCCUUCAGCACACUCGCUUCACUCUGCCUUUGUGGAAGUUCAUGCGAUUUCAGUCCUCGGCCAUUGGCCUAGAGCAGAUUAGCGUCGAGAAACGCCACGUGGCGCUCCGCGAAGCCAUCAUCGACACCAUGGAGCAUGGACAAACGUAUCCAUGGGCUUUGCUGGCCCGUUUACAGCCAAGAAAGUUCUACGCGGACAUUUUCGAAUCUCUUCUUGGCGCAGUAUGGGUAGACUCGGGAGAUAUGAAAAUAUGCAAGCAGGUCGUCGGGCGGUUUGGUAUCAUUCGGUACCUAGACCGAAUCAUUCGCGACGGUGUUCACGUUUUGCAUCCUAAGGAGGAGUUGGGGCAUCUUGCGGAUAAAGAGACCGUUCAGUAUAUACUCAGCUCGAGAGAAAACGAUGAAAGGGAGAAAGAGCUUCUGUGCAAGGUCAUGGUCGGCAACCGUCUCGUUGUGGAGGUUGAUGGCGGUCUAACCAAAGACGAGGUCAGAGUCAAGGCCGCGAGGGCGGCAGUGAAGAUUCUCAAAGCAGAGAAAAACCGAAGAAAUUGGAACGAGAAGGACACUGAUGAUGGCAGGUUCGGGGAUUCGAAGAUUGAUGAAAGCGACUGA